AUGAACGAGCUCAAGCCAGCCACGCGCUACACCAGCACCUCUCUUCACGAGGCCGUCAAAUUGCGCCUGGACGAGCCAGGAUCCUUCUCGCAGGGCAUCGUUCCACAGACCAUUCCGCAAUUCUUCGCGGAAGUGUGUGAAAAGCAUCCUGACCUUCCUGCCUUGGUGUGGGAAACCCCAGGAGCCGGAGUCGAUGGAUGGACCGCUUUGACAUACCGCGAGUAUCAGGAGCGAGUGGAGCAGGCAGCUCUGAUGCUCCUAAGUGUUGGCCUCGAGGAGCGGAGUUCCGUGGGCAUCCUGGCCUUCAAUUGUCCAGAGUGGUUCUUUGCCGAGUUCGCAGCCUUGAGAGCUGGUGCAGUUGUGGCAGGAAUCUAUCCUAGCAACUCGGCAGAGGCCGUUUAUCACGUCCUGGCCACCGGAGAGUCCACCGUGUGUAUCGUGGAUGAUGCCCAGCAGAUGGCCAAGCUGAGAGCGAUCAAGGAGCGCCUUCCUCGUCUGAAGGCUGUGAUCCAGCUGCACGGACCUUUCGAGAACUUUGUGGAUCAGGAGCCCGGCUACUUCAGUUGGCAGAAGUUGCAGGAGAGAAACUAUUCCAACGAUCUCAAGGAGGAGCUGAAGGACCGCGAGAGUCGAGUCUAUGCCAACGAGUGUGCCAUGCUCAUAUUCACUUCGGGCACAGUGGGUCUGCCCAAGGCUGUGAUGCUUACCCAUGACAACAUUAUCUUUGACACCAAGUCCGCAGCGGCUUGUCUAAAGGAUGUUCAACUCGGAAAAGAGAGUUUUGUCAGCUAUCUGCCGUUGAGCCAUGUAGCAGCCCAGAUCUUUGAUAUUUUUUUGGGACUAUCCCAUGCCGGAUGCGUGACAUUUGCAGAUAAGGACGCCCUUAAGGGCACCUUGAUAAAGACCUUUCGUAAGGCGAGACCAACGAAGAUGUUCGGAGUGCCACGAGUCUUCGAGAAGUUGCAGGAGCGACUGGUGGCCGCGGAGGCUAAGGCAAAGCCAUUCUCCAGACUGCUCUUGGCCCAGGCUCGGGCUGCGGUGGCGGAACAGCAGACCACAUUAAUUGAGGGCAAAAAACCUUCGAUUUACGGAAGCACAAAAUAUUGGUUGGCCUCUCGUAUUAUAAAGCCCAUUCGCGAGAUGAUUGGUCUGGACAAUUGCCGUAUUUUCUUGACUGGGGGAGCUCCCACCUCAGACGAGAUGAAGCAGUUCUUCCUGGGCCUGGACAUUGCUCUGGGCGAGUGCUAUGGAAUGUCGGAGAGCGGCGGUGCAAUCACUCUGAACGUCAAUAUCACCAACUUGUACAGCUCGGGCACCUCGAUCGAGGGACUGACUUUGAAGAUCCAUGAACCGGAUAGCAAUGGCCAAGGGGAGAUUUUGAUGCGGGGCCGUAGCAUAUUCAUGGGUUACCUGGGACUGCAGGAGAAGACCGAAGAAGCAAUCAAGGAGGAUGGUUGGUUGCAUUCUGGUGACUUGGGGUACAUGGAUCCCAAAGGAAAUCUCGUUAUCUCUGGUCGACUCAAGGAACUCAUCAUCACCGCCGGCGGGGAGAACAUUCCUCCGGUGCAUAUCGAGGAGUUGAUAAAGAAGGAGCUGCCCUGCGUGAGCAAUGUCCUUCUGAUCGGUGACCAUCGCAAGUAUCUGACAGUGUUGUUAUCCUUGAAGACAAAGUCUGAUGCCAAGACGGGAACUCCUCUGGAUGCACUGCGUGAAGAAACGGUAGAGUGGCUUCGAGAUCUGGACAUUCACGAGACCCGUCUCUCCAGUCUUCUCAAUAUUCCGGCUGACUUACAACUCACCAACGAUUCUGCAGUUGUGUCGGCUGCCUUGGACAUAACCGCCGAACCCAAACUCCUAGAAGCUCUCGAGGAAGGUAUUAAGAGAGCUAACAAACAUGCCAUCUCCAAUGCACAACGAGUGCAGAAGUUCGCCCUGAUUCCCCACGAAUUCUCCCUGGCCACCGGAGAAUUGGGUCCCACGCUCAAAAUCAGGAGGAAUAUUGUUCAUACCAAAUAUGCCAAAGUCAUAGAUCGGCUUUACAGGUAAAUCAUCGAUGAAAUACCCAGCUUACACCGAUAGUUCUCAAACCUUCGACUUGAUUAGACUUACCUUGUAAUCAACAUUAGAAUUUUAAGAAAU